CGGGACAGGGGCGGCCCCCGGAGCCCUGCCCGGCCCCGCAGCCACCCCGCAGCCUUCGGGGGGUCCCGGGGAAGGAGGGGGGGGUCCUAAAAUAUUACAAGGGGGGGGGGAAGCGCCAAAGGGGGCGCCGGUGCCGGUUCCCCCCCCCCCCACCUCGUUUCAGCAGCAGCAGCCGCCUCCUCGUGCCAUGCAGCGGCCGUCCUAGAGGCGCGCCCCGUCCAACUUUGGGGGGGAGGAAGGAGGAGGAGGAGGAGGAGGAGGAGGAGGAGGAGGAAGGGGAGGAAGAGGAGGCGGCCGCAUGCCCGCCGCGGCCCCCGCGCUACCAGCCCCGCCGCUCCUCGCUCGAGAUAAAUUAAGUCGGGCGGCCCCAAGUUUUUCCAAUUGCUGGGAGGAAAGCAGCAGCCGCCGCCGUCAACCUGCAGCGAGAUCGCCCGGCGCCCUGGGAAACCCUCUAGAAAACCCACAAGGUCCUGCUAGCAAGUCAUGAUGGUUGAAUCCGCCUCGGAGACGAUACGCUCCACUCCCUCCGGCCAGAACGGGGUCAGCAGCCUCACCAACCAGCCCGAUGGCGGCGGGGGCGGUGGGGGGAGAGAAGGAGCCGCCAGCGGGGAAGCCAACGGAGAGAUGAGCCCGGUGGAGCUCCUGCACUUCCAGCAGCAGCAGGCUCUCCAGGUGGCACGCCAGUUCCUGCUGCAGCAGGCCACGGGGCUGAGCUCCCCCAGCAGCAAUGAGGGCAAGCAGCCGGCGGUGCAGGUCCCCGUGUCCGUGGCCAUGAUGUCCCCGCAGAUGAUCACCCCGCAGCAGAUGCAGCAGAUCCUCUCCCCCCCCCAGCUCCAGGCCCUCCUGCAGCAGCAGCAGGCGAUAAUGCUGCAGCAGUUGCAGGAAUACUACAAGAAGCAACAGGAGCAGCUUCACCUGCAGCUAUUGACACAACAGCAAGCUGGAAAGCAGCAGCCCAAAGAGCAGCCGUUAGGGAAUAAGCAGCUGGCGUUCCAGCAGCAGCUCCUGCAGAUGCAGCAGCUCCAGCAGCAGCACCUGUUAAACCUGCAGCGCCAGGGGCUGGUGAGCCUCCCGCCCGGCCAGGGCACCGUGCCCCUGCAGACCCUUCCCCAAGCCGUGUGCCCCUCGGACCUCCAGCAGCUCUGGAAGGAGGUCACGGCCGCCCAGCCCGUCGAGGACAGCAUCAAACAAGAGGGGCUCGACCUCACCACCAACACCUCCAACUCUACCUCGUUUUCGGCCGCCAAGGUCUCGCCUCCCAUUUCCCACCACCCUCUGCCCAAUGGGCAGAGCACCAUGCACACGCCGAGAAGGGACAGCUCUUCCCACGAAGAGACCCCCGGCUCUCACCCGCUCUACGGCCACGGAGAGUGCAAGUGGCCCGGCUGCGAAACCCUCUGUGAGGACCUGGGACAGUUUGUCAAACACCUCAACACAGAACACGCGCUCGAUGACCGGAGCACGGCCCAGUGUCGAGUUCAGAUGCAAGUGGUCCAGCAGCUGGAAAUCCAGCUGGCGAAGGAGAGCGAGCGCCUCCAAGCAAUGAUGGCUCACCUUCACAUGAGACCUUCAGAGCCAAAGCCUUUCAGCCAACCUCUGAACCUGGUCUCGAGUGCCACCCUCUCCAAGAGCACUUCGGACACGUUCCCCGACGGUUUACCUCAUCCCCCCACCUCCGCCACGGCGCCCAUCACCCCGCUGCGGCAGGGCCCCUCCGUCAUCAGCUCUUCCACUUUACACAACGUGGGGCCCAUCCGCAGGAGGAACUCGGAGAAGUUCUGCACCCCGAUAUCCUCAGAACUUGCACAGAAUCACGAGUUUUACAAAAACGCCGACGUCCGGCCGCCCUUCACGUACGCCUCGCUCAUCCGGCAGGCCAUCCUGGAGACCCCCGACAGGCAGCUAACGUUGAAUGAAAUCUACAACUGGUUCACGCGGAUGUUCGCCUACUUCAGGAGGAACACGGCCACCUGGAAGAACGCCGUCCGCCACAACCUGAGCCUGCACAAGUGCUUCGUGCGCGUGGAGAACGUCAAGGGAGCCGUCUGGACCGUCGACGAGCACGAGUACCAAAAGCGAAGGCCACCAAAGAUGACGGGGAGUCCGACUUUAGUCAAAAACAUGAUUUCAGGACUCGGUUACGGAGCACUUAACGCGAGUUACCAGGCUGCGCUGGCGGAGAGCAGCUUCCCCCUGCUGAACAGCCCCACCAUGAUCAACACCAGCUCCGCCAGCGGGAUGCUGCACGUGGGCCACGACGACGUGAGCAGCACGGUGGAGCAGGUCAACAGCAACGGCAGCAACAGCCCCCGCCUGUCCCCGCAGCAGUACAGCAGCCACCCAGUGCACGUGAAGGAAGAACCAGCCGAGGCCGAGGACGACAGCAGGCCCGUCUCGCUCCUGGCCACCACCAACCAGAAUGUGACGAUCGCCGACGACAGGGACCUGGAGGAGGAGCUGCCGGUGGAAGACUUGUCCUAAGGACCCCUUCCUCCCGCCCGAGGGGCGAGCGCGUCCCCACCCUGUCCCUCCUGGAGACACAAAGCCACGGCUCCCACCUCCCCAAGGUGACCUCCGGCGCCGACCAGUUUUCUUCAAGGCACUUCCACAAAGCAAAAAGGUUUCCAGAAGGGUUUCCUCGGUGCAAGCUGCCGCUGCCGGCGCGUCCCCUCCCCGGCUGACAGGUCCCCGGCGCGGGGAAACGUGCAGCGAAAACGAGAAACGAAAGACCCCCAGAGGUGAACUUUGUCUCCCUUCCUCCCUUGGUUAGUAACUGGCGAACGAGGAUGGUAGGUUGUUUCUGUCCGAAAUUGUCCCUCCUUCCCUCCCCGUGCCCCGAGGAAGGCUCCUCCGUCCCCUGGCCCCGUGGCGCGUGGCGGGGGCCGGCACCACGCAGCUCCAGGACGUCCCCUGCGCACCCCGUGUGCCACCCUCUGCCAUCGAGCACCCCGAGGAGGCCGGAGCCCGCCCUCGAGCCCCGUUCCCCAGCGGGUUUUGCACUAGGAGGACCUGGGGAUCUUCCCCUUCCAGCCAGCUUUUGGGGGAAGAAUCCGCAGAAACGGGGCCGAGCCCUCUGCUGCAGCUUUACGCCGCUGUCCUGCGCCUCGCGUUGGGGAAGGAUGAGGAGCAGCGUCGGUGGGACCCUCACCCUGCGUGUGCCACCUGGCUCGUGUCACCCCGUGGUCACCACCGCCAGGUCCCCGACCCCUGCGUGCCGUCCUCCCCGAGCCCUCCGGUCCCCAGCACCACCAGGGGCUGGUGGCAUCCUGACAACGAUGACCGUCCCUGGCCGGGCAGCAAGGACAAAAUUUCGGCUCCUCCUCGGCGCGAAAAGGUUGAGAUGGUUUUGAGGGCGAGUUGGGCUUCAGGGAACGGCUCCUGUGUCCUCCGUGCACCCGGUUCCUCCUCCGAAGCCGUGCCGGGUUCUCCAGGGGGGGCUGUGGUCCUGCAGGACCCCCACGAGGAGGCUGGCGUGCAGAAUCCAGCUGGGAAACCCCAGCCGGGGCUCGGGCCGGGUGCCCCAAGGGUCCUGGGGUGAUUUGGGUGCUCGGUGCUGUGCCCUCAGGAGCCCGGGCUCUCCCCGUUCCUUCAUUUCUCCCCUUUCCGUUCUCCUUUUUGUGCGCGUCGAGCGUCUGCGUCCCGGUGGGGAGAUACCAAAAGAUGUCCAGAGCCAGAAGGGCCAUAGUUCAGGUGACCAGAUGGUGUUGAUGCCAAAAAGAAAUGUUAAUAAUAACGAGAACGACACAACCAAACACCCCUCUUCUCCCUGCUCUUUCUUUCUCUGGUGGUGAUGGGGGUACCCGGGGCCGGGCUGUGCUCCCCCCAGGGCCCCGUACUGGCCUUGGGGACCAGUUAUCCCCCCCCCCUCUGUGCCCAGGGGGUGCUCAGCCGGGCUGCGGGCUGUAUUUCGGAGAAGGACAUGACUAUUGGUGCCACCUGGCUCCAGCAUUUCUGUAGGGUCAGACCGUUUUCCUCUGCUGCGGGGCAUAAACGUGUGUGGCAGGGAGCACGGGGUUGGGAGCUGGAGCCCCCAGAGCGGUCCUGGUGUCCCCCCCCAAAUUUUUUUGCCCCCUCUCUGCCUGCAAACCUCACAGCAGGCAGAGCCAGGGCUGCGUGGGGCAUCCCGGUAGCGUGGGGUGGGGACGCGCUCUGGGACUGGGGGUCCUUGGCCCCCUGCAGGUCCUGGGGGGGGAGCCUGGUGCUCCAGGAGCUGCGUUUUGGGUUGGAAGUGGGGCACGGGGGCCCUCGGCACAGCAGCAGGAGGGAGGGCCAGGACCAGCAGGAUUUGGGGGGGCGCUUCUUUGCCCCCCUGUGUCACCUCCGUGAUGUUCCCGAGGUGCUCCGUGACCCUGCAGUGUGCGCCCCCGGGGUGCACCCCUAUUUGGGAUCACCCCGACCUCUCCUCUCUGCCCACUGCAGCCUCAGCACCGGGCAGCUGCAGAGAUGGGGGGGUUCCCCCGUGACCCCCCCACACCACCCAGGGGAUGCUGAGACCCGUGGGCUCACCCCGCUGGGGACCAUGACAGGGGGUCACCGGCAUCCUCCCCUCAGCUUCCCCUGCACCAAAUUCCUUCAAAAAAUGAGACGAAACAAACAAAAAAGCUGCAAAAUCCUCCCCAGCUCGCCGUGCCGUGCCGUGCCGGCCUUCGCUAGGUGUCUCCACUCUCCCCCUGUUUCUCCCUGCGCCAGCAGCCCCGCUCGCUCCAUCGCCGCUGCCAAAAUCGCAGGCGCACAACCCAAAUUUCAGCCUCCCUGCUCGCCGACCCCAGUCCCCACCAAAGAGGGGCCAAGCCUGGGGGCGGGGUUCCCCACUCCCUUUUUUUUCUUGUAUUUUUUUUUCUUUUUUUUUUUCUUUUUUUUCCCAGCUUUUGGAUUUUUAAGUUAUUGUUUUAGCCGAGUUUACAGCCGCCGCGUUGCUGCCCUGCCCUGUGGGAGCACGGAGGGGUGGGUGGGCACCUCCGCGGCAUUUCGUGCCCCCAGAACCCCCCCCCCAGACCCCUCCCCAUUGCAGCUCUGACAGCCCCGAGUGUUUCACCCCCAGCAGGACUCCCUGCAUCCAUCCGGACCUUUUUCCUCCCAUCUUCGGGGGAUUUUUUUUUCGCUUUAUCCAUAGAAAUGCUGGGGGUCCUUCCCCCCUCUCCCACCCCUCCAUCCCUUUUUGCUGGACUUUUUGAUGCUGCUGUAGGGGAUGCAGGGAACAGCGGGGUCCUGAUCCCAGCCCUAUGGGGCCGGGGGCACCCAGCCCUGCCAGGGGGGUGCCAGGCAGGAGUGGGGGUGCCCAAAUGUGCCCCCCCCAGACACCCUGGAGCCGUUUUGCUGGUGGCUCCUGCCCGGCAUCCACCUGGCUCCAGGCUGUGCAUGGGUUCAAGGCGCCCCUCUCCAUUUAGGCUGGGAGUUUUGGUACCUGCCCCAGUUUCUUUUUCUUUUACCAAGCUCCUUCCUCUCUUCGGAUUUACUUCGUUAGCACCUCUGCAACCCCAUUUUCUUCCAUAAGCGUGGCCAAACCCAAGCGCGGUCCACGCAGGAAGCGCCCCCGGCACUGGCGAGCCCCUCCAGCACCCGCCACGGUUCCCGCUCGGGCUGUGGGGUUUAUUUUUUUACCUUUUCCAGCGGUACAGACCCCAAAAUUCCCCCUCAGAGCCAGGGCGAGCCACCUGCCUGCGGGCUCCACGCCGGCACCCCCGGACCCCUCCGCGCCAUUUAGGUUGUUCCCGCGGUCCCGGCUCACGAGAGCACUAUAAAUAUAUUAUAUAUAUAUGAAAGUAAAUAUAUAAAUAUAAAGGAGUUCUGUUUUUAGGGUUUUUCGUUGUUUUUUCUUUUUAAACAUGCACAGAUUUGGGAAGUCACGUGGCUCCAAGUCAUGCCUCUCCCCCGGCCGAAACGGGAAUCGCGGCCGGGGAUUUGAGGCGAAACGCGCCCGUUUGGAUACUCAGGGGUGAAUUGGUUUCGUUCCCGUGCCCCCUAUCCCCCCCCACCCCGGCCGCUCCUGCAGGGUCACGUCCACACACAGGUACAGAGCCCCCGGCCCCCCCUGCCCGCCCCCGCCGCCCUUAGGCGAGUGUUUUAUUUUUGCCGGUGUGAAUUUGUACCAAAUUCUGCCCGUCUUACCUCAAACACGCGCCUGGCGCACGGGGAGGGGAGAGAAGGAAGGAUCAAGGACCAAACGCACCGUGUGGCAGAGUUGUACGUCUGUAUAUACUGAGAUUUAUAUAUACUGGGUUGAAACCUUACUACCGCGGACUGUUUGCUUUUUAUUUGGGAUUUUUUUUUCGUUCCGUUUGCUGCCGCUUUUCCCCCGGCGGGGCGUCGCUGAGCGGAGCGGUGUGGGCACUUCUCUGUAAGUAAAGGCAUUUUGCUGGUCUCUCUCACUGGUGUCCUGAAGGAAUCACUCCGUUUUCUGUGUCGGCCUUUCUUUUUUUUUUAAUUUUAUUUUAUUUUAAUGAUGUUAUUAUUUUUUUUUAUUUUUUUUUUUGUCGCAGGAUAGCUAGAAUUGGUAGAGCCGGGGUGGGGAAGGGAGCCCAGGGGCAGGGGCUGGGGUGCUGCCGGGAGGGGAGCCCCAACUGCAUUAAACCAAAGGGUUUCUUUGCUUUGUUUACAUGACCGUCCCGCGCCAGAAAAAGCCCCAAAUCUAGGUUUUUGUCCUGGAAAAGUUGUGCAAGGUGGGGAACGGGGCCAGAACCGGGGGUUUGGGGACCCCCUGAGCCCCAGCGAAACCCCUUGACGGGCACGGGGCCGCUGCUUGGUGCAGCCCAGGAGGGGCGAGGGGACGCGGGGAGGGGGGGUCCCGGCGCUGCUCCCCCCUCGUUGGGCUGGGUAGCACCGUGCCCAGCCGCCUCCUUUUCCUUUUUCUCCCCCAUUUUUUUUGCCCCCAUCCUCCUCCUCGGCGCCGGGUGGGACGGCGACCCCACAGAUGGGGCCGGGGGGGGCCGAGGGCUGGGGCUAGGAGGGGAGGCGGAGGGGGGGGGACGUGUAUAAAGCCCCCUUCCCCUCCCGCCGCCACCUCCCUCGUGCUGUAUAAAGGAAAUAGCAUUGCUGUGUAUUUGUACUCCGAACUUCCGUGUGUCUGCUUUGGCAGACGGUAAACCCUUGUACAGUAGGUCUAGCUGCAUGUAAUCUGUAUGGACAACGGCAUUAUAAAAUGCAAUAAAAGAAAUUACCUAUC